GAUAUUUUAGUUGAAAUGUUUAAAUUAAAGGUAGUAAUUUUAUUUUUGGCUAUAUCCAAUGUUUUUUGUAGAAGCCCUAUCCUUGAUGCUGUUGAAAAUUUUAUAAUAAAUUAUAGGAAAUUUUUUAAUGUCAGUGAUGCCGUCUUCGAACCAUAUCCUGAUCUAGGACUUGAUAUUUAUCAAUUUUUGGCAAAAUAUCACUAUCCUGUAGAAACUCAUUGGGUAAAGACCGAAGAUGGUUAUGUCCUUCGAAUGCAACGAUUAUUAGGAGGCCAAAAUGGAACGCACGCUAACACAAAACAUAAACCAGCUGUUCUUCUUAUGCAUGGUAUACUAUGUAGUGCCAUGGAUUUUGUAAAUUAUGGCCCAAAUAGAUCAAUUGCGUUGAUGCUGGCAGACGAAGGAUAUGACGUUUGGUUAGGAAAUAACAGAGGAACCACUUGGUCUAGGAUGCAUGAGACAUUGGAUCCUGAUAACGAUAGAGAAUAUUAUGAUUACAGUUUUGACGAAUGUGGUUACUACGAUUUGCCGGCAAAAAUUGACUAUAUCGUCAAUAACACUGGACAGGAAAAGAUAUUUUAUGUAGGACAUUCCCAAGGAACAUCUCAGUUUUUCGCUAUGGCAGCAUUAAGACCGGAAUAUAAUGAGAAGAUCGCUUUAAUGUCAGCCUUAGCUCCGGUUGCAUACAUGCAUCACAUAAGUUCUCAGGAUUCGAGGACUAUGAGCCAAUAUCUUGAUAUUUUGGAAUUUUUAUUGGCGGACAUUUUAAAUAUUCAUAGUCUACUGCCGUAUUCUUGGAUUUAUACAGAACUAGCCAAAUUUUAUAUUGUCUUAACCCACUUUGUACCACCAGCACAAGAAAUAGGAGCAUUAGUAGCAUUUUUCUGCUUUGGAUUUAAUAAUAGACAAUUUGACCGGCUAUUUGUACCAAAUAUAUUGUCCAAUGCACCUGCCGGAAUAUCUUUAAAAACGGCUAUACAUUAUGCACAAGAAAUCAUUUCAGGGAAAUUCAGAAGAUACGAUUAUAAAUUAGGUAAUUUAAAAAAAUAUAAGUCACUAUUCCCGCCGAACUACAAUCUGUCUGCCAUUACUGCUCCAAUUGCACUUUAUUACUCCCAAAAUGAUUAUAUCGUAGCAGUUAAGGAUGUAGAAAAGUUGGCCAAGAAGUUACCAAACGUUGUGAAGUUACAAUUAGUCGAUAGACGGUUUAAUCAUCUGGAUUACCUUUGGGCGAAAGAUGUGCACACAAUUCUCAAUGAUGAUGUGAUUGCCACUCAGAAUAAAUACAUACCAGUUGACCCACAUCCUAAGGGCUCCGCAAAUACCAUUUAUGGAAAAGCUAUUUGUUUUCAAGUGGUAACAAUGACUAUUGUUGUAUUAACAAUACUUAUAAAUAUCAUCAAAAUAUUUUUCAAAAAUACCAAUAAUUUCAAUUAUUGUUUGAUUCAGGAUAUAUUAGUUGAAAUGUUUAAAUUAAAAGUAGUAAUUUUAUUGUUGACAAUAUCCAAUGUUUUUUGUAAAAACACUACUUUGGAUGCUAUUGGAAAUUAUAUAAGAAACUAUAGGAAAUCUUUUAAUGUUAGCGAUGCCGUCUUCGAACCAUAUUCUGAUCUAGGACUUGAUAUUUAUAAAUUUUUGGCCAAAUAUAACUAUCCCGUAGAAACUCAUUGGGUAAAAACUGAAGAUGGCUAUAUCCUUCGAAUGCAACGGCUAGUAGGAGGCCAAAAUGGAACGCACGUUAACACAAAAGAUAAACCAGCUGUUCUUCUUAUGCAUGGUCUUCUAAGUAGUGCCAUGGAUUUUGUAAAUUAUGGCCCAAAUAGAUCAAUUGCAUUGAUGUUAGCAGAUGAAGGAUAUGACGUUUGGUUAGGAAAUAACAGAGGAACUACUUGGUCGAGAAUGCAUGAGACAUUGGAUCCUGAUAAUGAUGCAAAAUAUUAUGAUUACAGUUUUGACGAAUGUGGUUACUACGAUUUGCCCGCAAAAAUUGACUAUAUCGUCAAUAAGACUGGACAGGAAAAGAUAUUUUAUAUAGGACAUUCCCAGGGAACAUCUCAGUUUUUUGCUAUGGCAGCUUUAAGACCAGAAUAUAAUGAAAAAAUCGCUUUAAUGUCAGCCUUAGCUCCGGUUGCCUAUAUGAAUCACAUGAGUUCUACGAGUUUGAGGAUUGUGAGCCAAUAUCUUGAUAUCUUGAAAUUAAUAUUGGUGGACAUUUUAAAUAUUCAUAGUCUGCUGUCGCAUUCUUGGAUUUAUACAGAACUGGCCAAAUUGUAUAUUGUCAUAACCGACGUUGUACCACAAGCAAAAGAAAUCGGAGCAAUAGUAGCAUUUUUCUCUAGUGGGUUUAAUAAUAGAGAAUUUGACAGGUCAUUUGUACCAAUAAUAUUGUCUAAUGCACCUGCUGGAAUAUCUUCAAAAAUGGCUAUACAUUAUGGACAAGAAAUUAUUUCAGGGAAAUUCAGAAGAUACGAUUAUCAAUUAGGUAAUUAUGAAAAAUAUAAUUCACUUUUCCCACCGGACUACAAUUUGUCUGCCAUUACUGCACCAAUUGUACUUUAUUACUCAAAAAAUGACUAUAUGGUAGGAGUUAAGGACGUAGAAAGGUUGUCCAAGGAGUUACCCAACGUUGUGAAGUUACAAUUAGUCCAAGAUAGACGGUUUAAUCAUCUGGAUUACCUUUGGGCGAAAGAUGUGCACACAAUUCUCAAUGAUGAUGUGAUUGCCACUCAGAAUAAAUACAUACCAGUUGACCCACAACCAAAGGGCUCCGCAAAUACCAUUUAUGGAAGAAUGGCUUGUUUUCCAGUGUUAACAAUGAUUAUUGUUGUAUUAGCGAUAUAGUAGGCGAUAUUAUUUAAUACACAGUUAGAAACUA